AUGUUUGUUAUAACCCCAAAUACUCUCUCUCUUGCUUUGGGAGUUUUAGACAUUAACUAUAACUACUAUAUUGACAAUACCUUAUUCACAAUACAAGGAGUGCAUAAGACUAAAAAAAAUGUCUACAACAGCACAACAGGUAAAUAUGAUUAAGUUUUUAACUCAAAAGUGUUUAGUUUAGUUAAUUGCACAGAUGACCAUGUUCCUGAUCCUCAACUAAGAGAGUUUUUUCUCAAGUCUGAAUUCUAUAUGCAUUAAUGCAUUCCAAAAGACUUGGUAGUUGAGAUUGAAGGAUAGUUCAAUUCUGAUUCUUACCAAGAACUAAACUUUUAUUUCUAUAAAUGCUCUGGAUAAGGCUGCAAAGAUGAAAAAGAAAUAGAUGCUCUGGUUGACAACAACUACAUCGAAUUAUUAUUCACAGAUGUCUACUUUGCACCUGAAAACAAAGAUGAUCCUUUUAUAAGAUAUUCAAGAGAUUUGUAUUGGAUUACUAGCUAAAAUCUCCCAAGAGAAGUUAACGUAUUUAUGAGAAAUAAUUACGUAGAGAGCGAUCUUGGAUGGGUCACAUCUGAUAUUUCAACAUAAACGUAUCCUUCAUUCAGCUAUAGUGAUAAUCAAAUAGUUGAUACUUCUAAUGGUUUUUUCUUUCAUUUAGUUGUAAGAUUUGAAAAAGAGAAAGAAAAUUUAUAUAAAAGGACUUAUGACAAUUUAUUUACAAUUAUGUCAUAAAUUGGUGGUUUUUCUCAAAUUUUGCUCACAAUUUUUUCAUUCCUUUGCUUGAGAUACUCAUAAAUUCACUUAGCUAGAUCUUUAAUUAACUAGUCUUUUGACUUUUAAGACAUAACGAAUAAACCUAAUUAGGGUAUUUUAAUUUCGAAUCCUACAUAAUAAUAAAAUAAUACAGAAACAAUUGAAAAUUAAGCACCUUAAAAUAGAUAAAUAAACAAAUUUUAUAAUCCCUCUUCAAUAAAAGAUAACUCAUAUUAACUAGCAUCUGCUUAGCGCGAUCCAGGUUCACCAGUUUUAAUUUCCGAUCACAAAGAUUCUAAGGAUUAUUACACCUAGCGAAAUGACCAUGAAGACGUGUCUUAAUAAAUAAGUAAAAGACAUACUCUAAGUGCAGGAAAAUAAUUGACUGAUGAAUAAAUUUUGAAUGAUUACAAUAAGCAAUAAGAAAUUAAUUAAAAUAGGUCAAACCUAAACUUUAAUAUUUUUUCUUAUAUGCUAUCUUUCAUAAGUAAGCUUAUUAAAAGUUUUAGAAAUAAAAAAUAGGUGAUAGAUUAUGGAUUCAAAGAGAUUGAUAAUAACUUAGACAUAGAGUAUAUCAUAAAAAAAUUUGUAGAAAUCGACAAAUUAAAAAGAAUCAUACUUAACGAUGACUAGCUUGCUUUAUUCAACUACAUUCCCAAACCAUAAAUUCUUUACAAAGUCGAUAAAUAGGGAGUUGUUAUUGAAAAAAAUUCAUUUUUUAAUAAAGAUGAUAACUUAAACGAUUUCGAAAAAUUCAAAUAGGCCAAGUAAAGUUUUAAAAAUAUUUUUGAAAAGCAAAAGCCUACAAAGAUAGACUACAGUAUUUUGAAUCUACUUGAUGCAAAAUAAUAUGAAAUACUAUGCAAUCAGUUGGACAAAAAUUAAUUCUAAUAGAAAUACAUGUAGAAACUCUCAGAAAUUCAAUUCUCAAAAAACAUCUAAAGCUAGAGUCAUGGAUCUCCAAAUUUGUUAGUUUGCAAAAAUAAUAUAGAUUUAGAAGAAUAAAUUUAAAUAGAUAAGUUUAAGUCUGAUGAUUUCUAGUUGUAAAAUAAAUUGAAUAGAUAUUCUACUCAUAUAAUGGUGAGAAAUCCUAGUAUUUAUUCUAGCAUUACAAACUAAGAAUAAAUAUAAGGUUACAUGUUUUAAGAUGCUGUAGAAGAGAAUCUCUGA